GAAUGAAUACCAUACAAAAUGUGGGACCCAUUGCUAUUUGCAAAGGCCCCCUUAGAUUUCUGAGAUCAUCGUCUGCCUUGAAACAAGUUCAGAUUAGUGACAAUCUUUCUGAGGAACCCAGGCCCUUCAAUGAAGUUCCACGCCCAAACAAAUUCAAAUUCAUUAGGGCAUUUAUGCCCGGCGGUGAAUUCCAGAAUGCAUCGAUUACGGAAUAUAGCACGACGAUGCGAAAUCGUUAUGGUGAUAUCUUCAUAAUGCCGGGAAUGUUUGGCCGCAAUGAUUGGGUCACCACAUUCAACACAAAGGAUAUAGAAACGGUUUUCCGAAACGAGGGAAUUUGGCCACAUCGCGAAGGUCUUGAUUCGAUGGUGUAUUUUCGCCAGCAUGUUAGACCAGAUGUUUAUGGAGAGGUUCAGGGUCUGAUAGCUGCACAAAGCGAGACUUGGGGCAAACUACGUUCUGCGGUUAAUCCGGUUUUCAUGCAACCCAGGGGUUUGAAAAUGUAUUAUGAGCCGCUGUCCAACAUCAUCAAUGAGUUUAUAGAGCGCAUUAAGGAGAUUCGUGAUCCUGUUACUUUAGAAGUCCCUGAUAACUUUUCGGACGAAAUAAGUCGAUGCAUUUUCGAGUCACUCGCAUUAGUGGCCUUCGAUCGGCAAAUGGGUUUGAUCCGAAAGAACCGAGAUAAUCCAGACGCGUUAACACUUUUCCAGUGCACGAGGGAUAUCUUCAGGUUGACGUUCCAGCUGGACUUUCAGCCUUCGAUGUGGAAGAUAAUUUCCACGCCAACGUACAGGAAAAUGAAGAAAACACUCAACGACAGUUUGGAUGUAGCCCUUAAAAUUCUAAAGGAAAAUCAGGAUGCGCUGGAACAACGUCGCCAGGCGGGUGAACAAAACAGCAACAGUAUGUUGCAGAGAUUAAUGGAUAUCGAUGCCAAAGUGGCGGUGAUAAUGAGUUUGGAUAUCCUAUUUGCUGGCGAAGAUGCCACUUCCACACUUCUUUCGGCCGUGCUACUUUGUCUGUCGAAAAAUCCCGAGAAGCAGGUGAAACUGCGAGAGGAACUCCUAAGGAUCAUGCCCACAAAGGACACUCUGCUCAACGAGGAGACCAUGAAGGAUAUGCCUUAUUUGAGGGCUGUGAUUAAGGAGGCCAUGCGAUACUAUCCCAAUGGCAUUGGCACUCUGAGAGCCUGCCCAAACGAUGUGACACUUUCGGGCUACAAUAUACCCAAGGGAACCACUGUCCUGUUGGGAUCGCAAGUCCUUCUGAAGGACAGCACCUACUAUGCAGAUCCAGAUGAGUUUAUACCAGAACGCUGGCUACGAAAUCCGGAGACGGGAAAGAAGGGGCAGGCCAGUCCAUUCACCUUCCUGCCCUUCGGAUUUGGACCCCGCAUGUGUAUCGGCAAGAGAAUCGUGGAUCUGGAAAUGGAGACCACGGUGGCCAAGUUGAUUCGCAACUUCCACGUGGAGUUCAAUCGGGAUGCCAGUCGUCCUUACAAGACCAUGUUCAUAAUGGAACCCGCUAUUCCAUUCCCCUUCAAGUUCACCGAUAUCGACCACUAAACCCCUUCUUCUGCGUGAUAAGUUCCUUAUAGUUUUAAAGUAAAUAUUGUUUUGGCAAUAAAUGGUUUGUUUAUAGGUCA